GGCGGGGAAUCGCGCGCCCGGGGCCGCCGGCGGUCACCCAGCUGCUGUCGCGGCGCCCGCCCAAAGGCCCCCGAGCCCCGGGAACGGCGCUUUCCGCGCGAAGCGCGCGCGGAGGAGGGCGGGCGACACCCGGCCCCGGGCCGCGGCGGGAGGGGCGGGCGGAGGGGGCCAGCCCCGAGGUCUGCCCGCCGAGCCGCGGCCCGGGAGGCCUCCGGCGCCCUCGCCGUAACUUCUCUUUGGAAGCCCCGGCCCGGCGGGCGCGCGCUCCCGCUCGGGCACGCGCGGCCCGGCGCCCCGCUCCCCCGCGCGCGCUCCGUCUGUUUUUCCCGAUUGCUUUCGCUCUCGCACUCUAAAAUAGGUCAAGGGGUGGAAGUUGCACCAGGUACGGCCCCCGGCUCUGAUGCAAAAGCGGCUUUCUCUCCCCCGGCGCCGGGAGAGCCUUGCAACUACUCGGUUCCGUAGAGUCUCCCGCCCCCAUGCCGUGCGGAAAGCGCCGGCGACCGUGGUGCUGACAGUGGUCUGCAGAGGGGAGCGGCGGCGAGCCUCUUUCCCACCCUAGUUCUGCCGGUCCUGCGCCCGCCUUCCCCCAGCACAGCAGGAGGAGGGGGCGCGACAGGUCGCCUCGCGCGCUCGGGUCCCCGCGCCCGGGGUCUGACCGCCUAGAGCCUGUGUUCCCUUCAGAGACUCACGCAAAGUGCUUCAUCGCGUGAAGGACCUCGCUGUUUGAUUUCACUCGACUGCUUUUCAUUUACGUUACACACUGACAAAGUCAUGAGCUAAAACUGUCACUCUCUGAGGGUAGAAACUGCCACGCUUCACAAAGGCAAGAAGUAAUUUUCCUGUAAUCACAAGAUGACUCAGGAUGGAUCAUGAAGCUGCCCAGCUGGAGAAGCAACACGUGCAUGAUGUGUAUGAGAGCACGGCACCUUACUUCAGUGACCUGCAGAGCAAAGCCUGGCCUCGCGUCCGCCAGUUCCUCCAGGAGCAGAAGCCCGGCAGCCUCAUUGCUGACAUAGGUUGUGGGACUGGAAAGUAUCUUAAAGUGAACAGCCAGGUGUACACCCUGGGCUGUGACUACUGUGGGCCAUUGGUAGAGAUUGCCCGGAGCAGAGGAUGUGAAGUCAUGGUAUGUGACAACCUUCAGCUCCCCUUUAGGGACCAGGGCUUGGAUGCUAUCAUCUCCAUAGGAGUCAUACAUCAUUUUUCUACAAAACAAAGAAGAAUCAGAGCAAUAAAAGAAAUGGCCAGGGUCUUAGUUCCUGGAGGCCAGCUGAUGAUUUAUGUGUGGGCCAUGGAACAAAAGAACCGGCACUUUGAGAAGCAAGAUGUGCUUGUUCCGUGGAACAGGGCCUUAUGCUCCCGGCUUUUCACAGACUCCAGCCAACCUGGGAGAAAGCAGCCGUGUGCACAUUCAGAAAGAAGCCAUCCCUACCAUCCUCCCUGCUCUGUCUGUAGCUGUUCUGUUUGUUUUCAAGAGCAGUGUCAUUCACAACGAUCCCACAGCCUGGACUAUGAGCCACUGAUGGCUAGAAUGUGUUGUGCAGAUAUUUCUAAGGGAGGGGAGGAAGAAAAUGGAUUCUCUAACACGUUAGGAAAAUCUUUUCGCUCCUGGUUUUUCUCCAGGUCUUUGGACGAAUCAACUCUGAGGAAACAAAUUGAAAGGGUGAGACCCUUGAAAAAUACAGACGGUUGGGCCCAUAGCACUAUAUCCAUCCAGCCUUCCCCACACGCCAGUUUAGACUCAGGUCCCCAAGAACCAUUUUCAACAAGGGAGCAAAAUUUAGACGAAGAUGUGUUUGUGGAGAUGUCUCAAAAGCAACUGGAGUGGCCGAGAGCACCAGCCACAGUGAAACAUCUAUGUGGGGACCAACCAGGAGAAGUUAGGAGAAAUGGAGAUGGGAAUUUUCUGGAAGGCACCAAUACUAGUGAGAACGGCAUGAAUGCAGGUGAUGUGGAAGAAGGUCCCCCUUCUGCUAGUAGAAUCCUGAGAAGGAUUUCUGCACUUGACUCCACAGAUUCCAACCCAGAGGAGACAAUUUCUGUCGAAGACCAACAGCCCAACGUUUUGGAUUCCGGAGCCUUUAUGCGCUACUACCAUGUGUUUCGAGAAGGUGAGCUCUAUGGCCUGCUGAAGGAGCACGUGGCAGAGCUGCAUGUUCUGAGCUCUGGGAAUGAUCAUGGCAACUGGUGUAUCAUUGCUGAGAAGAAGGACAAUUGUGACUGACUGGGGCAUUUUAGACAAUUCCUCCAAAAGGUGGACCAUGUUCUUUUCACUGGGUUUAGUUACGGUUACCUGAAUUUGUGUCCAAUUUUAUUAUUUUUAAUCCAUGUAUGCUUUGGUUUGUAAAGAUGAUGAGUUGGUUAUCUUUUAAAUCUUUGGAUGAACCCAGAGCCUGGCGCGUAAAGCAUUUGACAAAGGGUAUUCGUAAAUUAUUAAUAUAAGAGAACUGAAGGAGCAAUAGGAAGUGAACUUCAGUAUUGUUGGGAUCUUCUUUUCCCUGCAAGGUGAAAUUAUUUUUUUUUUUUUAAGAUUUUAUUUAUUUAUUUGAGACAGAGAGAAUGAGAGACAGAGAGCAUGAGAGGGAGGAGGGUCAGAGGGAGAAGCAGACUCCCCGCCGAGCAGGGGGAGCCCGAUGCGGGACUCGAUCCCGGGACUCCAGGAUCAUGACCUGAGCCGAAGGCAGUCGCCCAACAAACUGAGCCACCCAGGCGCCCGCAAGGUGAAAUUAUGAAGACACGUGUAUAUCAUUUGUCAGUAUUAGAUGCUGAUUUUAGCAGAUUCUGGGUGUUUACUUUUUUUUAUUACUAUUGAAGUAGAGUCAACAUACGAUGUUAUAUUAGUUUCAGGUGUACAACAUAGUGAUUUGACAAUUCCAUACAAGAUUCUGUUUUUAUUUUUAUAAUGAAGGGGGUGGGUGAGUUCUGCUUCUCAGGCUACACUUUAGAUCCAUAUGUAAGAUACCAGGUAAACUCCACUGCGCAGAUGUAAAUGGAAUCACGCGAUACAUUAAUUUGUUGCCAAGGCCUUGCUCUUACUUGAAGUCUUUCAAAAAGUGAGAGAUGGUGGAGAGACAAGAAGUGUUACAAGGACUUUUCUGAAUGAUAAGCAGACUUGCUUCCAAAUACACAAAUAACAAGGUUUUCAAUGUUGCACGGAAGGUUUUUAAAGGUAUUGUGAGCCUGUAGAGAGUGGUAGGUGUGGGUACUAGAUGCCAUGGCAAGUACCCGGGUGGUAUCUUCAUGACCUCAUUCGAAGCAGGAAUAUCUGGUUAAGAUAAGACCAAGGUUGACUAACGAGGAGUUUUCAUCUAGAAUGAUGCUUUUCUUAUGAACUGAAGGGGUAUUUAGGAAAUGAGAAUCUGGUUGAAGCACCGUUUUAUUUUGGUUCUCAUUACAAAUACACUGUUAAGGGGCAAGAUAUUUGUCCUUGAUAGAGGAUCUAUUGUUGGGUUGUUUUAAAAAAAAAAUCUGGGCAUUUAUCUUAUCGAAAGUGACAUUUUAUUAGUUAUAUUAGGGAUUUAGGCAGAAUUAAGUCCUAUUAAUUCAAGGUUGAAUUUCUGCCACUUUGUAGGCAAAUGAAUAGACUGGGUGUUGUAUGGUCACUGCAUCUGUUUAGAUUAACCAUGGGUCUGUUUAAAUCUACGUCAUGGGUCAGGAGACAGAUAUAAUUAGGAAUUGACAUUUGACAGAAGUCUUUUUAAUUUAUAGACCACUGUAAUCCUGGACAAAAACUCAAUUCUUGUUUUGUAUAAAAUUUCAUUUGUUUUGGGUCCUUUAUCUCCUCCGUGAUUGUGCUCUAUCUUAAGAUAAUGUUGCUAUUUUCAGAGAAACCUAAAGGAUUAUUUUUAAUGCUUAUCUGAAAAUGACUGAUGUGUUUAUCUCUUUUGGCUUCAAAAUGAGAUCCCAUCAUCACCUUUUUGGUUGGUGAGAUUGUCUGGUGUACAAUAUAUGAGAUAUAGGAUUUGUAGUGUUUGGUACUCAGUUUGCAUUAGAGGGACAAUGAAAACAGACCUAGAAGUGGAAUAUAAAUUAAAGAUUAAUUUAGUGUCUUCCAUUUCUUUGUUUUAAAUUUUAGUUAACAUACAGUGCAAUACUGGUUUCAGGAGUAGAAUCCAGUGAUUCAUCACUAACAUACAACACCCAGUAUUCAUCACAACAAAUGCCCUCCUUAAUCCCCAUCACCCAUCUAGCCCAUCCCCCACCUCCCUCCCUCCAUUAACCCUGUUUGUUCUCUACCAUUAAGAGUCACUUACGGUUUGUUUCCCUCUCCUUUCCCCCACUCCCUUGCCAUAUGUUCAUCUGUUUUCUUUCUUAGAUUCCAAUACGAGUGAGAUCAUACAGUAUUUGUCUUUCUGACUUAUUUCACUUAGUGUAAUACACUCUAGCUCCAUCCACAUCAUUGCAAAUGGCAAGAUUUCUUUCUUUUUGAUGGGUGAGUAAUAAUUCCAUUGUGUGUAUGUAUGUGUGUGUA